GAAAGAUGCGGUCGUGCUUCACUUCACACUCGUCCGAGGACCCGUAUCUCUCUCAUCUUUCCCUCGGAUCUUUGUUUCUGGACGGCAGGCUGCGGCUGCGUAGUACUCCGGAGCCGCAGCAGCAACAGCAGCAGCAACAGAUGUGUUGAGCGACGCAGCUAAAAGCAAUAUAUUUCCACAAUGACCACAGCCGGAUGCUAAAAUCCCCACAUUCAUGAGAAGGCAACAGGAAGCAGAUUAUUGGGGGAUUAAACGCAUGCACACAAAGAAGAUACCACAGUUCCAGGAUUUGACCGCUGUCCAACUGCGGAUCUCACUCUGAAUGAACUUAUGUGAAUGGCUGACUGACUUAGACAAUCUGGUAUCAUGGAAGAAGAGGAGGAGCCAACAGAGUCUCAUUGAAUAUAAAGCCCAUGACCCCGCCUCCCUCCACCUGCCUCAGCAUCGAAGGCUUUGACUGGCCGAUGAGGAUUACGGACUUGUAACAAACCGCAGAGUGUGCAGACGGAGAGAGGAGGCAGAGCCGACCGUCCGCCUGUUACUGUCCCAUGAUGCAUCCGCACAUGUAAGAGCAGGAUCAGCCGCGCAGAGGGCUGUUUCUAUGGAUACCCCUGCCCUGGGUAGUAUUAAUAAGACUCACUGAUAUUCUGACUAUCUGUGCAUGAAGAAGAUACAGUGAGAGAUUACAAGUGCAUCCCUGCAGCAUCAGAUAGCAUCUGUGGAGCAGUAUCAGACGAUCAUAAAGUGUUGGGAUGGAAAUGUUGAUGGAAUUUUUUUUUUUUUUUAUAUAUAUUUGAACAUGAACUGUAGUUGCUUUGCCAACACACGUUUAAACCUGUAGCCGCACAAUCACUGACUAAAACAAAUGUUAGAUCUCUUUCCACUUUGUUUCAUAUAUUUUGAUCCCUUCUGAGGUUCAAUUUUUUUGCUCCACUCCUUGUGGACUCCUUUGUCCUAAGCUGCUCAAAGAUCAGUUAAAAUGUGAACAUUAACAACAGAUGGUUUGGUAAAAGGGUGAUUGAAUAAGAAUCUGCCCACACAGGAUUAGAAGAGGAGGUGGAAUGAUGCACAAAAAAACUUCUUCUGUGGCCUGAAGAAAAUUAUUCCUUUUCUAACCUGCUUGCAAUUCUGCCAAAUUCGGCAGGGUUGUAAGAUCAUCCUACUGGAACUUCUCUGGGCCCCUAAAUCCUCUUCCACCAGGCUAGUUUUGGCAUUGAACUUGGGCCUUUUCUACUUGAAAACGGACAUCUACGUGCACCCGCUACCCAAAGAAAAGUGUCUAGUUAAGGUUCUGGACUCACCAGCAAGAUGUGGCAUUAUGUGCAUCAGAUGAUAUCAAAGCAGUUUUAAUUUAGAAAAUUGUCGUACAACGAACUACCUGAAAUCUAUCUAUCAUCUGUCUCUAAUACCUCUAAGCUGAGCUAUCAUGGCCAGGCAGGACACUCCCCUCUUCCUCCACGGCUUUGACCUCAGUGGCCACUUCAUUGACCUUCAACCUCUUGGCACAGGUGUCACCGGCCUGGUACUCUCAGCUGUGGACCAGCGCAAUGGACAGCGCGUGGCAAUCAAAAAGCUGGUGAUGCGUGACGCUGUGACGGUGAAACACGCCCUGCGGGAGGUCAAAAUCACCCACCGGCUGCACCAUGAAAAUGUGGUCCAGGUUCAUGAGGUUUUGGCACCAUAUGGACGGCCACUGCCCCGUGACCCGACCCAGCUCAGUGCCCUGUACAUUGUCCAGGAGUGCAUGGAGACAGAUCUGGCCCGGCUCCUGGAACAAGGACCACUACCCACAGGUCACGCUACUCUGCUGUUCUACCAGCUGCUGAGGGGGCUGAAGUUCAUCCACUCGGCUAACGUCCUGCACAGAGACCUGAAGCCUUCCAACAUUUUCAUCAACUCGGACCAGCUGCUGCUCAAGAUCGGAGACUUUGGGUUGGCCAGGAUAGUCGACCCUCACUAUUCGCAUAAGGGCUAUCUUUCCGAGGGUCUGGUAACUAAGUGGUAUUGUUCCCCCCGUCUGCUCCUGUCCCCCAACAACUAUACUAAGGCCAUAGACAUGUGGGCCGCAGGCUGUAUACUGGCUGAGAUGCUCACUGGACGCAUGCUGUUUGCAGGAGCUCAUGAGCUGGAGCAGAUGCAGCUGAUUCUCGACACAGUGCCAGUGCUGAGAGAGGAGGACAGGCAGGACCUGCUACAGGUGAUGCCUUCAUAUGUGAGUCGUGGAUGGAGAGUCAAGAAACCCUUUUCUGAAUUGCUGCCCGAAGUGGAUGCUCAGGCUGUGGACUUCCUUGAGCGCAUCUUGACCUUUAACCCCAUGGAUCGGCUGACAGCUGAAGCAGCGCUGUGCCAUCCCUUCCUCCAGCAGUACUCCUGUCCAGAGGACGAGCCCACCUCAACACAUCCCUUCCACAUCGAGGACGAACUGGAGGACAGCCUCAUCACCGAGCAGAGCCUCAGCAACAGCAACAGUCAGGCCUCCAGCAUCCACUGGGACAGGUAUGAGAACAGUUUAUCAACAGAUGUGUGCUGGCAGCAGUCAAGCGGGAGGUGCCGCUGCAUGCCCCCUGACCAUAUUACCUCUGACCUGGGAGACACAACAGAGGAUGAGGAGGUGCAGAGGGACCCCCGGGCCAGUUCCACUUCACUAUUAGAGGAGGCUCAGGUCGACCCACGCAAAUAUUCCCACAGUAGCUCAGCUGAACGCUUCCUGGAAAACUCUCCUUCCUCUCUGGAACGGGUCUGUGGUUUGGGGUAUGGGGAACUGGACUGUGGCCGCUCCUGUGAUUACAAAGUGGGCUCACCCUCAUAUCUGGAUAGAAUUGCCUGGAGGGAGGGCAAGCCUCAACACUACUCAGAGCCAAAGCUGAUACUGGAUCUGUCUCACUGGAAGCGCAACACCAACGUCCUCCCUGUACCUGCUGAGCCUAUUGGUGGCAGUGUGGAGGACCUGGGACAGAUGAAGAAGGAGGAAGCAGAAGAGCAGGAAGAGGAGGAGACGGGGGAUUUAUUCCAGGAGAUCUCUCGCUGGGUGCAGAGCACCCAGUCUCGUCUGCACUCGCCCAGUCCCUGUCCGUCUUUGGAGCCGCGUUCACCCUCCUUUUACACCUCCUCUCCCCCUCUCCCUCUCUCCCCAACUGACCUCCCAACUCCCGUCUUCCACUACACAGAAGUUGUGCGGCAACCAUCAGCUGAAUAUGAUGAACACAGGAUAAGCCACCUUCCGCCUGUUACAUCUUCCUAUAAUUCCCUUCCCUCACUUCUCCCCUCAUCUCCCACCUCUCCACUUCCUCCUCAGUCUCCUCGAACAGUUUCUCCCCCCACCUUGCCACUUUUUCUUCCCCCAGAAUCUCCGCCCCUUUCUUCUACCUCCUCCAUUUCUAAGCCAGUAAAUGAAGAAUCCUUGGAGUCCCUUCCUGUCAAGCAGAAAGAGCGGCUCUUCGACCUGGAUGUGUUCAUAUCCCGAGCUCUGAAACUGUGCAGGCAGAAUAAGGAGAAAGCAGACGGGAAGAAAGGAAAAGAGGGAGGGUGGAGGGAAGAAAGCAAAGAGCCGAACAUUAACCAAAAGAUGCCCAGGCUUCCAGAGCACAGGACUCCACCGCCACAGACCCCUAACUCUUGAUGUUGAAUUUCAGCUUCAGGCCCACCACAGUAUAGCAUCAUAAUGGGUAGCCCUUCCAAAUGCUCAUAGUAGUUUGCAUAGUGAGGGGUGCCCAUGGUUGAAUAUGCUGCUUAAACAUUAGACCUUAGUGUUAGCAGCUGUUGUCUUUUUGGUACUACUGCAAUGAUAUGCCACAAACGGUGAAUAAAAGCCCUCCCUUAAGCAAUCCUGCAACUUUGUCAAGAGGUCCUCUCAGGUAAGAAGAGGUCAGAAAGCAUUUGGGUUCAAUGAAAAUAGCCAUGCUUAGCAUUGCAAAUAUCAAGCAGUUGUUUUACAUGAGAAUAUUUAGAAAUAAUCAGCUAAUCAAUGACCAUCGUAUUUUUGGUUUGCUCUCAUUUGUCAGGUUAAAUUUGGGUCAAAAUUUGACUUGAUAGCAACUUAUUCUGUAACAUCUGCAACUGACCAAGAGGGAACAGUCAGUUUGUUAACAAGAGUUAUCCAGGCUAUUGAUAAAAGCAACCUACCGGAGAGGAAUCACUUGGUAUGUUUUAAUUUGGCUGUAGUUUUUUUGUAUGUUUUUUUUUUUUCUGUACAAGAUCUCUUGCUGCGUGUCUGUCAUGCAAUUUCUUGAAAUGUCAGACUGUCUUCCAAAGGUGAUGCUCAACAAAAAAGGGAUGGUGACAUGGGAAAUGCUUCUCCCACAUUUCUCUGAAUGUAUCUGAAUGUCAAUCAGUCAAGUUAUGCUACAUGGUAAACCAUAAGGAUUUUAUUUGUUGCUGUUUUAACACACAGUGACUUAAUGAGCUCUGUCACUGAUACAUUCCUUGUAAACUUGUAUAAAACUGCGUCAUAUUUAAUUCUAAAGUAUAUUUCUCAAGACUGUUGUCUUGAUAUUCUUGUGUCUAAAAUAUUCUUGUUUUCUUCGCUGAAUGCUAGAGCAUUAUUUAUGCUAACUUGGAGUGAGUUGUAUUUUGUUUAAAUGUGGAAUGCUCUAUGGUAAUAAUUUGUGAUUAUUCAGCAAACUACGCUCUAGUUCGAACGUAAAUAGUUUCAUAUCCUGUCUCCCUGAUGCCCCAAACAUGGGCCAUCAUCUGCUGUACACUUAUUGAAAAGAUACUAUCCUCUCUGUACUAGACAGCCAGAUAUCUGGCACCAUUUUUGUCACUUAACUGUUAGCCACAGAGAGCUCUGAUGCAAAAAACGGUAGCCUAUAUUUUGGAGAACGUACGUAGAUCCCUUACAACCUUUGUAGGGCAUGAUUUGUACUCAAAACUUCUCAAUGCUGCCCAGUAACCAUAUUGAUAUAUGGAAGAGAAAAUUAUUAAAGCAUAUAUUUUGAAAUACUUUUCUUUUGUGUGCAGCAUGUUAAGACAGUAGACCCUCAGAAUGUUAUUUUUCCUGGCAUCUGAUGACCCCCGCCGCCCCCAAACAAGUCAAAGUCAGGUAAAAAAUACAGUCAGAAGUUACUAACAGAUGAAGGCUGUUGGCUUGUGUCUCAUACUUUCUCAGUCAAGUACAACUGACAUUCAUUUCACUUGUCAAAGCUCUUAGUGAGUAUAUAGAAAUGGUAAUAAAGUUAUUCUGCUGAGCUAGUGCCAUAAAGAAAUACAGUUAAUUCCAUGUGCCCCUUAUUUUGUAGCCAGAGGGAAUAGGUUUUCGCCAUCCCCGGUUUCACUGAAAUGUAUUGCUCUGCCGUGGCUGUACCAUUUGUGUACAUACAGCCCAUAGAUUACAGUCUGUGGGCUGUGCAUACACAAGGGUAGAGCUAUUGGGAAAUGUCAGAGGCACAAUGCUGAGAUGUAAAAAACACUGCCAGGACAGUUUUGAUGCCCUGAAAUAGGACAUACUUUAUCCAUUUAGUGAUAUUUCAGUUCAGCAUCUGAUACCUAUUCCGACUAGACCAACUUCCAGUUAGUUACAAACAAGUCUUUCAUGCCCUAUUAAAUAUUAAUUUGAGUCCAUAGCAUCCACGCAAGCUGCAUAAGGAUAAAGGUAAAAAAUGUAAUGUUAUAUGUUCUCUUUCCAAAUGGUUUUGCAGCUGUUAACAGUUACUGCACAUAUAACAUGGCUCUAAAAAGGCUGACUUUCAUAAUAUCUACACAUUUUAUACACACUGUAGCGGACAUUUACAGGUUGUGAGCAAAUCAUCACUUGCACAACAUAGUAUGAUUUCCUAAGGAUCGAGCCAUAUGUGAGAAUUGCUAACAGUAAAACCUAUGAUACAGCAAAGCCAGGUAUAUUCUUUUAUAUUCACAGUAGACAUGAAGCACAUUUAGAGUCACUAGCACAUUCAGACAUACAGGUUUUUUCUCAGUGACUACUGAAACUCCACCGCUGUCAAUGUUCAUUUUAAGGUAUUAACCAUACCUGGGCUGGAUUUCUGGGCAAACUGACAGAAGUGUACAAGUCAAGAAAAAAGUGAAAAUUGUCCAUUUUCUGGUCCAGAGCCAUUUAUCUAUUUAUAGAAAUAGAUAAAGGUAGUUAAACUAAUUAAAGGGAUUCUAGUUUUUAACCUAUACAGGUCUAAUGAUCACAUUUUGCAUUAUACUGUUUUCUCUGCAGGUAACCUAAGCCAGCAAUAAUGCAUAACACAAACAUGCUGUAACACAUGUGGUUACUGAAACUAAGUUCAUUCUUUAAAGUGGGUGCAGCAAUGUAGAAAAUGUGCCUCUGUACACCUCAAUGCUUCCAGCUUGAUGAAUGUAACAUAUCCUCUCCCCUCUGCAUGGCUUUCACAACUAUUCAAAUAGCUUAAAAUAUGUUGUUUUUAUUAUGUGUCACUUUGUGAAACAGUCAUAUUUCUGUGGGCUCUUAUUUCUAUUGUACUCACACUUUACAGCGGCAUCAGCUUCUCAUUAGAAAAAGCUGCGACGUUUUUAAAUGCUCAGUAUUGAUUGAUAGUAUCUCUUUUUGCAGUUUCUGUUUUUGCU